AGAAUCUGGAACCCUUGGUGUAAGGUGCUGCAGAGUCGAUCAACAUUUGGGAGAGUUCCUGUUGCUUUUGCCAUGGACUUCAGCGUGGUGUUGCUGUCCUUCCUGCUGGUGUCUCUGAGCUGGUCCAAAGCAGCUGUCAUUACAGGGGCCUGUGAGAGAGAUGUGCAGUGUGGUUUUGGUCUCUGCUGUGCCGUCAGUCUUUGGCUGAGUGGUCUGAGAAUGUGCACCCCAAGAGGAGCGGAAGGGGAUGAAUGCCACCCUUUCAGCCACAAGGUGCCAUACGCUGGGAAAAGGCUACAUCACACCUGCCCCUGUCUCCCCCACUUGGUUUGCUCCAGGUUUGAUGACAGCAAGUACAGAUGUACCGAAGACUUCAAAAACAUAGACUUUUAACUGAUGGCCAGAUGCUCGAACGAAUAGCAAUCAAGAUAAACAGGCUGUGGAUCACAAUCGUCCUCAACAACUUUAUUCUUUCUUUAUGUACUAUGCAUUAAAACACAACAUAUGAUGUAACAGCAUAGUGCAAUUCAUUGUAAAGCACCACGGUUGGUUCUAUCAAGCCAAGGUUUACUAUCAAGAUGUUUGUGAACCAUGCAUUUCUAUUCUGCACACUUUAAGCUAAUUUAUCAAUAGAGAUGUACAUAGAAAUAUAUAUUAUUGUCAAUAAACCUAUAAGAAUAUGCUCUCCAUGUAA